UGUAAAUAUUUGCGAAAUGACGGCGAAAGUGUGAUAAUAGUAGUUAACUCAGAUUUUGAACAGGUUUAUUCUUGUUGAAUGAUAUUACUGUACCUGAAUAACCAGCCGUGUUAGCUAUCGAGCUAUGCUAACAGGUUAAUUGACCAGUGAUCGGUUCAGUCUGUCGAUGACUUACGUUCGCCCUCGUGUCCGGUGUGAUCAUGUCAAAGCAACCGCUGGGGAAGACGUUGUUGAGGAAUGUAAUCCGCCACACCGACGCGCACAAUAAGAUCCAGGAGGAGAUGGAGAUGUGGAAAAUGCGAAACUGGGAGGUCAACACAUCCCACAACAAACAUUUGCCGGAUACAAAGAGUGAAAGGGGGCAAAUGCACUGUGAUCGAGUGUCAGAUCAGCCUAGAGACCUGAGUCGAAGCAGAGAGCGAGUCUCGGAACAUGAUGACAGAGAGGCCCGGUACUGGAGUCGCAAACUGUAUGAAUUUAAGGCCAGUGAUCCUGACAGGUGGGGACAUAGUGGCUUCAAGGAGCUUUAUCCUGAGGAGUUGGAAAGCGACAGUGAAAAAAGCAGUGCCACAAGAAAGGUUCGACGCCACAAAAAUAAAAAGUCCAAGUCUGACACGGAAGCAAGCUUAUCAAAACGAUCAAAAAAGUCCUCCCGAAAGAAGAAAAAGAAGAAGAAGAAGAAAGAUGAAGAAGAAAAGCGUAGGAAAGAGGAAUGCUCAAGCAGCGACAGCAGCAGUGAUGACAGUAGUGCCACCAAAGACAAGCAGCAGAUGAAAAAGACAAAAAGUCGACAUAAAAACAAAAAAGCUGAAAAAAACAGAGGGAGAGACGAGGACAGCAGCUCGGGCGACAUUAAUGGCUCAGAAGAAAGGGAGAGAAGGACUCUCAGGCGCAAAAAGCGAAAGCAAGACUCCCAUAAAGACUCAGACUCGGGGCCAAACUCAAAAAAGAAGAGCAGAAAAGACUGGAAAGCAGCAGGUGAGAGCUUGGGUGAUACUUCUUGAGACUGAGUCUGAAAGACAUGGACAGACACGUGGCUCAGGUAACGAUCAGGAAAACUACUGCAGAUUCCUUUGUUCGCCUUUACUUCACAGAGGGCUUUUCUCUGCAGGGUUGUUCUGUAUUGUACUUUGUUAGACAUCAACAAACCGGUGCUGCCAGCCUUCUCUGUGGGCGCUCUGUGUAGUGAUGCCUCAUCCAGCUCUGCAGUGGCUUGAAGCACGCUGUACGGCAGUGCAGGCAGCAUGAAGAGGGAAGGUGGGGUAUCCACCACCUGCCUCAUUAACAAUUCUGUCGGCUGCAGGCUCAUUGAUUUAUCAUUGACUCUCGCGUCAGACUGUCUGCCUCAUGAGGGGACCUUCUGUCCUUAAUUGACCACAGUUUUUUACUGCACAUUUUAAUUAGGUAACAGGACAAAUUAUGACACUUUCCUAACCAUUUAUGGAAGAAUGUGUAUUUGUUUUUAUUAUUAUUUUUAAUAAAUUGUAUUAUUUGCAUGCAGGACAUUGUCAUCUAUUUUUGCUGUUUUUAAUAAAAUGCUGG